AUGGAGCCUGAAAUAAACUGCUCCGAAUUGUGUGACAGUUUUCCUGGCCAGGAGCUGGAUCGGAGUCCUCUUCAUAAUCUCUGCAGGACAAUUACCUCUUCCCAUUAUAGCAGUAAGACCAUUUCCUCAUUAUCUCCUGUUCUCUUGGGUGUUGUUUGGACCUUUCUCAGCUGUGGACUUCUUUUGAUAGUCUUCUUUCUUGGCUUCACAAUUCGCUGCAGGAAUAACAGGAUUGUGAAGAUGUCCAGUCCCAACCUGAACAUCGUGACCUUACUUGGCAGUUGUCUGACUUACAGUAGCAUUUACCUCUUCGGGAUUCAAGAUCGAGAUGCUUUUGCGGGAGGCUCAAUGGAAACUCUGAUUCAGAUAAGACUAUCCAUGCUGUGCAUUGGGACCUCCCUUGUGUUUGGCCCCAUUCUGGGGAAGAGCUGGCGACUCUACAAGGUGUUUACCCAGAGGGUCCCGGACAAGAGAGUGAUAAUCAAAGACCUGCAGCUACUGGGGUUGGUGGCAGCCCUGGUGAUAGCAGACGUGAUCCUGCUUGUGACGUGGGUGCUGACUGAUCCCAUCCAGUGCCUCCAGAUUCUCGGUGUCAGUAUGACGGUGACAGGGAGAGACGUGUCCUGCUCUCUGACCAGCACACACUUCUGUGCUUCCCGGUACUCUGAUGUCUGGAUUGCUCUUGUUUUGGUAUGCAAGGGCCUGCUGCUGCUAUAUGGUGCCUACCUGGCUGGCCUGACUGACCACGUCAGCUCUCCUCCUGUGAAUCAGUCUUUAACCAUCAUGGUUGGGGUCAACCUCGUAGUAGUGGCCGCUGGGCUUCUGUUUGUGGUCACCAGAUACUUGCACUCCUGGCCCAACCUGGUCUUUGGACUCACAUCUGGAGGUAUCUUUGUUUGCACAACCACAAUCAACUGCUUCAUCUUCAUUCCCCAGCUGAAACAGUGGAAGGCAUUUGAAGAGGAAAACCAAACAAUCAGACGCAUGGCCAAAUAUUUCAGCACUCCCAGCAAAAGCUUCCAUAUGCAGUAUGGUGAGGAGCAGAAUUGCCACACUAGAGGAGAGAAGAACUCCAUGGACAGACUCCUCACAGAAAAAAAUGCUAUGAUUGAAAGCCUGCAGGAACAAGUAAACAACGCCAAAGAGAAGCUAGUGAGGCUGAUGUCGGCUGAGUGUACCUUCGACCCCCCAGAGUGGGCCGUCCCUCCCACCUCUUCCCACAGCAAGAACAGCCUGACUGCAGCCUCUGCCCACAGCCUGGUAGCUCAAGGGCCUUUGGAAUGCCUCUCUGACUCUCAGAAUGAUACCAGUAUAGUUGCCCAGGACUCCCAGAGCACCUCAGUGCCCUCUUCAAGUGUACAAAGCCUGGAGGGGGCUGUGAAAGACACCAGCUCCUCCUCAGGGCAGAAGGAAAAAAUUUCUAACUUCAAAGACUUUUCUGGUCAUUUAAAUUUGGGCUGCAGCCAGAAGCCACAGCCUGAACAAAGCCGAGGUGCAGAAAGAAGAGACCAAGUACCCAUGAACCCCCACCAGAGUGUCAUACCAGGUGGAGAAGGCCCUGUUCCCCAGAGACAAGGGCAGCUGGAGAACUCAGAGGAGCCCCAAAAGCGGCUGUCAAGGGUCAAUUCAGUGAUCAGGGAGAAGCUUCGGGAAGUCCUGCAAGAUCUGGGCCUGGGCCCUGAGGCUCCUCUCCCCUCUUCCCCAUCUUAUACACAGCAGCCCUGGAAGAACCCCCAGAAGAUUCCCCUCUCCAAGGAGCUGGGCUUCAGCCCGUACAUGGUGAGGAGAAGGCGGGCAGCACUGCGGGCUCGCUCACACUUUCCAGGCUCUAUACCCUCAUAUGUGGGGCAUCGGGCAAAUAGGACUGUAUCUGGGGCACGUGGUGGGCUAAAUGUGCAGAAUAGGGACAGUCUCUGCCUGGAUCCCCAAACUGCUGGUUCCAGGGCACCAAAACCCUCUUCCAGGAAGCUUUCACUAUUCCCAGAUCCACAAGGCAAGCCGGGCACCCUGGAGGGCAGCAAACAAAGCCAGACAGAGCCCCAGGGUACCAGAGGGAGCCAGGCAGCCUUUGCUCACCAGCCUUCUGGCUCUGACCAAGCACAGCGUCCUGCCGCCCCACACCUAUCCAGAGCUUCACCAGACGUGCCUGAGCAGCGGCAGCUGCUGUCCCUGGGAUUCCCAGACCGUCCAUCCAUGUCUUCUCCGUGCAACUACCUUGACACUGAGUCCAGCAGUUCAGAUGAGUUCUUCUGCCACUGCCACCGGCCCUACUGUGAAAUCUGCUUCCAGAGCUCCUCUGAUUCCAGUGACAGUGGCUCAUCAGACAGUGACCCUGACCCUGCUGGGGGGCUGGCUUCCUGGGAAAAGCUGUGGGCCCACUCAAAGCCUAUCGUGAACUUCAAAGAGGACUUGAAACCCACACUGGUGUGA